UCGGGGCGUCCGGCGUCGCGCAAGCAAAACGGGAGUACACGGCAGACAGAGGCCAGGCGGGACCUAGGACAGGCGACGGCCGGGCGGUCGUUUUAUUGAUCCCGGGGCGCCGCGGCGCUACCCAACCGCGGCGGGGUAGAGCCUGACGAGAGGAAAGCUCUUGUCCCCGGCGCGGAGAAUCUCCGUCGUCGUCGUCUUUUUCUUUUUUUUUUAAACUUACGCGUGGUUCACCGGCGAACCGAUUCUCACCUGGCGAUUAUUACCGCCCUGCGCGAGUCUGUCUCUCCUUCUCUGCCUCUUUGCGAGAGUUUCACAGUGUGCAAGUGCCUGGAGCCGGUCGACGGGUGUGUGCGACAUCGUCGUCGUCAUUGAGACGUUGGUACCACGUCGCUUCUCGGUUGCGGUCGUGAAACGCGAUCAACCACGAGGGCAAGACCACCGGUGAACCAGUAAUCCAGGAGGCCGGUAGGAAAAGUUUCUCGCGGAAUAUCUAUGCCGAGAUAGUGCCGCAACAACGUGACAUACGUGUCGAACAAGCCGAGUCUCUACAAAGAAGGCUAACAAAUCUAUAAAGAAUCUGUGAAAACGACCAAAGUUGUAGCUGUGGUAACCGAAAGAUUAUCAGAGUGAGAAGAUGAUCAGGGUGAUCGAUGACAAACUGAUUGACACUCGACAGUAUUCCGAAUUUUUGUCAUCAUAACGAAAAACAGAGGAACGGUGGAACAUCAAGUCUCGCUCGAGUUAAACUCGAACUCGUAGGAUCGCUAGCGAUCGAAACGAUCGUUCAAAGAGCGGCCAAAGAGAGAUUCCGCGAUGCGCGCGAUCGAUUUAGCCUGUCAUUCGCCAUCGGCAACUCCUUGAAUCAGAAGAGUAGUUCGAAGAAAGAAGCCAAGAGAGCUUGUUCAUUACGUACGAUAAGAUAAAGUCGCCUAAACGCGAUCAGCCGAAAAAUAUAGAGGAGAGAUUAUUCUUGCGGGGCAAAUGGACGUAGACGUGGCCGAGGAGACUGACUUUCACGGAACCCCCGCCAACCUGGCGCCGAUGGGGGCAUCGUAAAUCGCCGCUGGGAGGGCUGCGCCAACCCGGGUCGCUGCGUCGAUCGUCCGAGGGGUUCGGUCGAUCGGUUAGGUGCUGCCGGCGCCUCGAUUUCAACGAAGCGUCGAAGCGGAAGCCAGGCUUCGUUCGCCGUCCGGGAGGCGCCGCGGCGCUGAAAUGGGCCCCGCCAGCAGCCGCGAGCAGAUCGGCGGCGAGCAGAUCGGCGACGACGACGGCCUCCACAUCCAUCCAAAGAGGGCAAUUGUGCCGAACAAUAUCACGGAGAGCGAAUACUCCGUAGAGGAACAAUCCAGAUUAACGGGGACCGAUGGACCGGGUGGCGAUGAAGCUUCGCCGGAAGACGAGGGUGGUUCGCUCUGCGAGUACCAUGACAUACCACCCCCGCCGGAUGGUGGUUACGGGUGGGUGGUGGUAUUUGCAUCAUUCAUGUGUAACAUGAUAGUGGAUGGCAUCGCAUACACGUUCGGUGUCUUUCUGGGAGAAUUUGUCAAGUAUUUCGGAGAAGGAAAGGGCAAGACCGCUUGGGUCGGCUCGUUGCUAUCUGGAAUGUACCUUAGCGCUGGCCCUGUCGUCAGUGCUUUAACGAACAAGUAUGGCUGUAGAGCGGUAUGUAUGGCGGGAAGCUUCUUAGGCGCCAUCGCAUUUGUACUUUCAACCUUCUCGAGUAGUGUAAAUAUGCUGAUGGUGACUUAUGGCAUUAUGGGAGGGAUUGGAUUCGGUUUGAUAUACCUGCCCGCGGUAGUUUGUGUAGGCUAUUACUUUGAAACCAAGAGAUCCCUUGCCACCGGUAUCGCGGUAUGCGGAUCGGGAUUCGGUACGUUUGCUUUCGCGCCUCUUGCCACGAUGUUGCUGGAGGCGUACAGCUGGAAGGGAGCAAAUCUAAUAUUGGCUGGCCUCAUCUUAAAUUGCGCGGUGUUUGGCGCCAUGAUGAGACCUCUGGAGUAUCCAAAAGCUUCCUCUGUUAAACCGUUGUUACAAAGGAUGGCCGAGGAGAAGAGGUUCCAGAUGGAACGCGGCAGCAUCGGCGGCUCCUACUUUAUGGUGCAACUGCCGGAUGGGUCGAUGGAAAAAAGGAUGAAAAUGCCUAUCAAUAUUGAUCCCGGUGUUCAUUCCAGCUUCAAUCUAGACCAAUUAGUGCCUGUUCCGACGGUGCCAACCCUCCCCACUAUAUCUGAAGUGAAGGUACAAGAGCACUCUUCCAGCGGACACACCAGCGACAGCGGUAGCAUGGACCUGAAGAAUAUCUCGAAUAAGUCCAGAAGCAAGAAGAAUAUUGACGAAACCAAAGACACGAAGGACGCGGAGAAGCCCGAGAACGAGUUUAACAAGACGAUAAUUCCCAGGAACGCGUCGCAGCCGGCUUUCACGACGCAUGUACAGGGUUUACCUAAAAACGGUUCCGUGCCAUUCUUCGAUAGGAUCCGCAAGACGAGUACUGGCGAGCGGUACAAGCCUAGCCUCAGUGCGAUCAAGAAUUCUAGAACGACGCUCAAUUCCAACGGAGACAUCAGGAAGAGUCUGCACCUGAGACUCUCUACGAGCAGCAUGUUGGGAUCACGGAACAAUAAUGCCGAAGCUGACGAUGAGAGUAUCACCUUUACUACCAGUAAAACCAGUAUCCCAAAGGAAAAACCAAUGAUGGUCCGUCCCUUAUCGAGAAAGGAUAUUUUCUACAGCGGUAGCGUAAUGAAUUUACCAGAAUACCAAAGCCAGAAAUCUCUCGCCAAUUAUCGUCAGAGUGUUAUAUCUAUUCCUAAAUCAAUGCGCGGUGACAUGAAAGACAUCGAUGUCGAGAAGGCUCCGCAGCAACCUUUGUGUCCUUGCUUGGUACUGCCCGACUCGUUUAAGGAAGCUCUUGCGACGAUGAUGGACAUGUCUCUGUUAAAGGAUCCCGUUUUUCUCCUGAUCGGUAUCAGCAACGUGUUCGGUAUGGCCGGUUUGUACGUCCCUUUCGUAUAUCUGGUGGAUGCCGCAGUCUUGGAUGGAAUUGAGAGCAACUCGGCAUCGUUCUUACUAUCCAUAAUUGGAAUAACGAACACGAUAGGCCGUGUGGCCUGCGGGUAUAUCGCGGACUUUCCGCAAGUCGAUUCCUUGUUGCUGAAUAACAUCUGCUUGAUUAUAUCUACGAUCGCAGUGGCCGCUACGCCGUUUUGCCAUACUUACGCCGCUUACAUUGUCAUGAGCAUAUUUUUCGGAAUAGCAAUAUCUGGGUACAUCUCACUAACAUCGAUCAUCUUGGUGGAUCUUCUGGGACUAGACAAGUUAACGAACGCUUUCGGCCUUUUAAUCCUAUUCAGAGGAGCUGCCGCCAUAGUUGGUUCACCCUUGGCGGGCAUCGUUUACGACGCCACGCAAAGCUACAGCAUCCCGUUCUUCAUGGCAGGGUUCUUCUUCCUUGUGAGCACUGUUACUAGUUUCAUGGCCCCUGCUAUGAAACGGUGCACCACACCGCAGACUCAACCUGUGAUAUUAGAUACAUUGACUCCGAUUGACGAAGAUAUCGAGGAGGAAAACGAGGACGAGAUACCGGAGAUAGUAGAAACUGCGCCGUCACCUUUAGAGCCACCCGAGAAAGAAAUCAAGCAAAUAGAGUCUGUUUUAUAAGUACUUCUGAUCUUUUUUAAACGCGGAUUAGAAAAGAAAAGAAAAUCGCCUUCACUCCGAGCCACACUGUGAUAGGGCUGCUACUCCGAGGUCUCGAGGAGACACUUCUUUGUUACACUUCUUUGUAAUCGAUGAAGCACAAAAUAGCGGUAUACCUGAUGGGAUUUUUAAUGUACUUACUCACAAACGCGUGUACAACGAUUGCUUGUACAAGCUGAGCGUACGUUUUCCUUGUGUUUUGCUUUCUUUUUUUCUUUUUUCUUUUGGAUUGAUAAGCGACAUGCGAAAAUAUCAUCAGGUAUGGAUACUUAGUUGCCUACGAUGUAAUAGCGAUUAAUAGAUAGAGAGCGUUUUAUUAACCUAAUCAGUAUCGAUGAAACAGUAUAUUUAGAGAGAGAGAGGGGGGAGGGAGGGAGGAACAAAAAACGUUUAACUAAAAAGAAAAAAAAUGCUCUUGCACAUGCAUAUCUUGAAUACAUUAUUAAUCUGUGCAUCAUAGGAAUAUAAUAUUAUAUAAUUUGUGGAACAAGGAUCGGUCAAAACGCGUCGCUGAUUGGACGUUCGUACUAAUCGUGACUUAACGAUAUAUAUAUACAUACGGAUAUAUACACUAAUAAUCUUAGGCGAUAAUCAAUAUUAUUUUGUUAACUUUAUAUAGUCUAUUAAUUCUACCUUAUUAUAUUCUGAUAUGAUAGAUUAUUAUAUUAUUUAUAUAUGUCCUGUUUUGUAACUCUAACGCGUAUACACGUAUUCUUCAUUUGAUAAAAGUGACAACUCGCGUACGAAACAACAACGACGACGACGACGACUACGCUCUGCGACCUAAUCAACGUACGCCACGAUUGACCAUCCUUGAUCGAAGAGAUCCCACCUAAUAACUCGUGUUAGUUAAAUCUAUUUUUGGCCGCAUCCAAAGAUAUACAACUUGAAUUAUUCACACAAUUCAGAGAGAUAUUUUCUUGCAUAUACUACUUGCGACAAAUGUACAUAUAUAUGUAAGCGAGAGAAGGAACACAGUUGUUAGUUUACGACGCGCGGCACACACUGUAAUCGCUGUCGCGCCGAAUGAACUGUAAAUAAUUUUUAGAGAAUUGUAAAACGAUAAUAACGAACUGUAGAAUUAGGCUAAGAUAAAGUUACGAAGUUUUCUGCUCGCUGAAGCCUCGUCGCGAGACCAGUCGCGAUUAAUGUAUUCACCAAGGGACAAUUAACGCAUCGUUAGAUAGACUAAUUAAUAUAUUGAUCAUUCAAAGCAGAGGAACCUUGAUUGAUGUAAAAAAGAAAGGAAAAAAAACGAAAGACGCGUUUCGUCGAUUAGUUUGUGCAAAUGGACUUGAUCAUUUGAUUGACGGAACUGAAUUUGUGUGUGUCGAACAGAUAGAACACUUACAAAGCACGCAAAACUACUUCCGGUGUGUCUCGCGAUACGAUUUGUGUCAAGCGAUCGCGAACGGCUAACUUUGUUACGGCAACGAGAGGGUGAUCAGCUGAUCGAUAUAAUUAGCGAAUUUUCGCGAAUCGUACGUCUACAAAUGUACACACGCACAACGGACACGUAUAACGUACGUGUUAUGAACAUUAUUGCGACUUUACGUGCGUCCGAAAGCAUGUUCAACAAAAUCCUGUUAAAUUAAAAAACGUGCGCGUUACACACCGUGUAUGCUGUAUAUACUCGAUUAUCGUGGCCAUCAAUUUGCGUGCGCGAUCACUGCUGAGGAGUAAAGCGCAGAAAGAAAGCGACGAGGGAAAGAGAAUGCCGCUGCAACACGAAAGCGACAACGCUCUUACCAUUUGCCACCGCUGCUGCGUGCUACCGCUGAUUAUUACCAUCUAUCACAAUUGCAAUCUUACCGUAGUACAAUUAUUACGUAAACGCACGUUACUUACGUCUCAUUUUGCGAUUCUCACGUCGCGCGCGGCGGAUGAGGAAGAGGAAAGAAGAAGAAGAAGUAAAGAAGAGGACGCUGUGUGUAUGUGUGUGUAUUUUGUGAUUUCAAUCAAAUGCGACGAUUGUGGUGGAUUGUGGUAUGCGCGCUCCGCCUGUGUGCAUGAAGGCGCGCGUGCACGCGCGCUGCGACGAAAAUCUUGUGCAGAGAGUUACAUUAUAUAUUAUAUUAGAUUAUGUAAAUAUAGUAUAUCGAGAGAAAGAGAGAGAGAGAGAGAGACGCGCGCGUGCUCGCGUGACAUUUCGCACGCGCAUGUUCCAAAUAUAUAUAUGUGCGCUCGGAGAUAUGUAUGUACGUGCAAGGCGGAACGGAACUGCGUUUUCACGUGCAUUAGACAGUUGCACGUGCAUACGAUGUGAGCACAAUACGCGCAAUGCACGCUCGCAUGCAGAGAGAGAGAGAGAGAGAGAGAGAAAGAGAUCGUGAAAAGCAAUACAUUAUGAUGAUAUAUAAUUGAAUAUUAAUUAAAUCGGUCGGUUUUAGAGAGUACCUUACUACAAAAGUUUUAUUUUUUGCGAAUGUAAAAAAUAUCGAUUUAGAAAGGUGGAUGGAAAGCGCCGAAGAUAUAUGCGCGAGAUAAUUCUACAAAAAUUGUGAUACUAGAAAAUUGCGCCAACUGUGUUUAACUAUUCUACAUUCAAAAAGACACAAUUGUGAUAUAAAAUGAUACACGAAUACGAUACACAUUUUCAAAAUAUAUAAAGUAAAAAAAUUGGAGUAUCUUGCUUCAAAAGUCAAUCUCGAACACCAUGCGCAUCAGGGAUCUAGCAGAUUCUACAAGCUCAAUUAUCUGCCAUUGCUCUCUCAAAAUUUUCUUCUCCUUUGGUUAGAGUUAAUUUUAAGGAAUUUUAAAGAAGCCAUUCUGCGAAAGCUUAUCAAAAUAUUGCAGCAAAAAGUUCUCUGAAAAUGUUUCGAGUUGAUCUUUCGACAGAAAAAUGCUCUGAAAAUUCAACUCGUUGAUUAAGAAAUACGAUGGCUUCUCGCACCAAGAGAAUAUAGCAAUAAUCUCACGAGACAAAAGCCAACAUCUUUCCCGUACGGAAAUUAUUAAUCUCUCUUAAAUAUAAAUAUAAGUGCAAGAUACAUUCUGGAGGGUGGAGUCUAGUGUGGUGUUUGAGGAUCAGUCGAGCGUACUGGGCGUGUUUAUAUUACGAUAUUACGAACGUUGUUGGCACUAAUGAUUAUAAAGAAUAAUGAAAACGCAAUCGAGCGCAAUUUAUCAGUGCUUCUUUCAUCCAUGAACGUCGAUCCUAGCUCUUGUAACGCGAUAUACAUCGCCACGUUAUUCUCUCCGCGUGCGAGCAUUCAAGGGAAAAAAUACGCCCGCGCACGCCUUACUCCGUACGUGCAUAUGUCAAAUGAUAUGGUACAAAGAAGGACAAAUGUAUUAGGUGACGUUUAUCGAAAAUUGAAAAGGAAUUAUGAAUUUUUAUUACUGAAA